AUGACAAAUCAGUCCAGUGUAGGAGCUCUACUGGUGCAUCAGCAGAUGUUUAAAGUGGAAAUGAAUGAAGGGCCUCUGUCUAAACUACUUGUGACCAUUCUCAUGUCUCUGCUGUUCAUCUGCAUCAACUGCAUCAUGUUUCACACCCUCAUGAGUAAGCCUGUGUUUAGAGAGCUGCCUCGCUACAUCCUCUUUGCCCACAUGCUCUGCAAUGACACGGUUCAUCUGCUGGUGGUCUCAAUGCUCUAUAUUUUAUCUCUAAAUUUGCAGAUGAUUCCUAAAGCUGUUUGUUCACUGAUUGUUAUCGUGUCGGCAGGCACGGCUCGUAUUUCUGCUUUAAGCCUGGGUGUGAUGUCACUCGAGCGCUACGUGGCUAUUUGUUUCCCUUUACGCCACAGCGAGAUGGCGACACAGAAAGGGACGGGCGUUGCGAUUGCCAUAAUCUGGUUCCUAGGUUGCCUAAGUCCUGUGAUAGAUAAUAUGUAUGCACUGAUAGUGAACCCAGUGUCUUUUAAAGAUCCCAUGUUCUGUACUCGAGAGAGGUUUAUUCUGUCACCAUGGCAAAGAGAUGUGUUUCAAGGACUUAAUGGUUUCUUCUUUGUGCUUGUAACAGUCAUUAUCCUUUUCACCUAUGUCAGCGUUAUAGUCGCAGCUAAAUCUGCCUCGGCGGAUAAAGAUUCUGCUAAGAAAGCUUGGAGAACAGUCCUGCUCCACCUUGGCCAGUUAGUACUUUGUCUGAACAGUCUGUUGUAUGGAACCAUCGAGAGAGCCUUGGCUAUGACCAGCAGCAGUCGUCUGUUCAUGGACCUGCGCUACCUGAACUUUCUCUUUGUUCUCAUUCUGCCUCGGUGCCUGAGCCCCCUGAUCUACGGCCUGAGAGACGAUGCUGUUCGGCCCUUAUUCCUCUACUAUGUCAGGUGUGGAGCCCAAAAGGUCAAACCCUCUGUAAGCGCACACUAG